AGGGCCUCUCUGUUUCUGGUUUAUGUUUAGGCGUUUUUUCUGUCUUCUUGGGGCGGGGACGCCGGCUACUCCAACAGGUCUAGUCCGCCUAGUCAAGCUUUUUGGUCGCUGUGGGGACAGAAUCGACUAGACUGGGAGGCCGCUAAUCAAGGGCGAUCAAUUUUGUCGUCACCGCGUUUUCCUGGUUUCGCACAAUGCCGCCCUUGACUAAACUCUCGGAAUGUUAGACAACCGGUGCCUCAUCAGCGAAUAGCCAGGUCCCAAGAAAAGAUUUACAUUUAUGGGCACGUUUGCCUUCGGGACUUAAUGACCCAUCCCUCCCCGAUAUCUGCUGAUCCACAGAAUAAUUUUGGAUUUGGAGACAUUUCUUUUGUUUCUCUCCGCCGCCAAGGAAAGCUUGAACUUCACAAGCUUCUCCAAAUUUCACGCCUCUUCGUCCCAUCAAAAAACCACCAAAGGCUGACGACUCGCAGCCACCAUGGGGAAAACACCACCGGCCUUGGUCUUAGCUGCUACGUGACCAACGGUCAAACUGAUUUGCGCCAUGCAGAAAUGUUGCAUCGCCUUUGACCACUGGCCCCCGCCCUGAUUGUCUGUCGAACCCGGCUACGGCUCCCUCUUGCGCGGCAAAGCUUGCCUCGCAGGAUGAGCACUUUUGCUGGUCGGAGUUCUCCUCUUUGCUUAGUUUAUCGGCGGGAAUCCCGGAGCUUUCGUCGCUUUCGUCGCUUUUUUUUUUUGCACUUUCUGUCUCUCCCACCUGCACGUGCUAUUUUCCCCUGGGCGGAAAAAAAAAUGUCUGACUUAUCUUUCCCCCUCUCAAGCCCUUGACACAUAACAUAGGGUGGCGCAAGUCAAAGAAUCAACAUACAUGGGACAAGCGUAACUGACCAAUCUGGACUGUGACCCCAAUCUAAAGCCUUAUCAAGGGCCUGGCCUGUCCCCGAUCCCACUCGGUCUGCUAAGCUGCUAAAGGAUACGGACGGGAGGGCGCUAAGCCUUGGAUCAUCCAGGCUUGCCAUGCUAGCAGAGCGUCGCAGCGUCCCUUGAUUCUUUUUGGUGUUUCUCGAAAGGGGCCCGGUCCUGGUGGACUCCCCGGUCUCAAAACGGUUUUAGUAUACUUUGCCGUUGCGCGAAUUGUCGUCGAUCGCAAGGCCCAAAGGCCAAUGUAACCAAGAACAAAACAAGUCGUCCCCAAUAAAUGGACCUGUCUAGCCCCCUUUCCGCCACCAAACCCUCGUCUUCCCGUCUGAUUUAGUCAUCGUCCAAGUCACCCACAAGUCGUUCACCAUGACAGUUCGGAUAUUCUUAUGACAAUUGCUCCUCCCGCAUCGGGCCUCUUUUUACUCUUUGAACGAGAUUUGACACGCACCCUAUAUAUCGUUUGAGUGGUCCGGGGACUGAGCCAGAUAGGACCUGACAUCAGACUUAUUCAUCCACCUUUGCCUGUCCGCCAAGAGCCAAUCAUCCAAGCAACAAGAGGGCCCUUGUACACUUGCCUCUGAUGGCAGACCCUCAAGCCCAAAGCCCCAGCGAUGCGGCCAAGAUCAAGAUCGCAGAUGACGUCCACCCGGCGCACACGGACAGCACCGGCGUGCCCAUCGCCAGGGUCGACACUGGCUUCGUCGGCGGUGUGUACAGUACCCGAAGCGUCCAGCGACGCAUGAGCCUCCCUCGCCACGUCGCGUUCGACCUGAGGCCCGGAUCUGCAGCCGUCACGCCCGGUGUCGACAAUGAGGACGGGGAGGGCUGGCUCGACGAUGGAGCAAAGAAGAAGCAGGUGUUUAGCGGCAGGACAUUGCUUUGGCUCGCUUACCAGUCCAUCGGUGUCAUCUAUGGCGACAUUGGUACCAGUCCACUGUACAUGUUUUCGUCAACGUUCUCAACCGCACCGGAUCCCAACAGUGUUGUUCAGGUGUUGUCAGUUGUCAUAUGGGCCAUCACUCUUAUUGUGACCGUCAAAUACGUUCUCAUCAUCCUUCUUGCCGACAAUGAGGGCGAGGGUGGUACUUUCAGUACCUACUCGCUGCUUACCCGCUAUGCCAACAUCACAGAUCGCGACCCGCGUGAACAGCAUCUCGUACGUGUUGAGCGCCACAAGACUAUGGAUCUUGACGCUGGAACUAGUCGCAUUCGCCGUACACUCGAGAAGAGCACCUUUGUCCGCGGUCUCCUCAAGGCUAUCGCCGUCAUGUCGGUAUCGAUGGUGAUGGCCGAUGGUGUACUCACGCCCGCGCAGUCUGUCCUGGGCGCCGUGCAGGGACUGACGGUCGUGAACCCGGACAUCUCGAACCCGGUCGUGGUGGGCACCACAUGCGCCAUCAUCGUGUUGCUUUUUGCCAUCCAGCCCCUCGGCACGUCCAAGCUUGCAUCGGGAUUCGCACCCAUCGUCAUCCUCUGGCUAGGCUUCAACCUGGGCUUUGGCAUCUACAACCUCAUACACUACGACUGGACCGUUCUCCGGGCUUUCAGCCCCUACUUUGCCAUCAAGUUCUUCAUCGACUACAAGACGGACGGCUGGAGGAUGCUGGGCGGCGUCCUGCUCGCCUUCACCGGCGUCGAGGCCCUCUUUGCCGACCUGGGUGCCUUUAGUCUCGGCGCCAUCCGGCUCAGCUGGCUGACCUACACAUACCCAUGCCUGCUCAUCGGCUACGCGGGCCAGGCGGCUUUCAUCAGCGUCAAGCCCGACGCCUUUGCGAAUCCCUUUUACAACACGGUCCCGCCGGGAAUGCUGUACCCCAGCCUCAUCCUCGCGGUGCUCGCGGCCAUCGUGGCCAGCCAGGCCAUCAUCACGGCGACGUUCCAGCUCGUCAGCCAGCUCAUGAAGCUCUCGUACUGCCCGCAGGUCAAGAUCGUGCACACGUCGAGCACCUUCCACGGCCAGGUCUACGUGCCCUUCCUCAACUGGCUGCUCAUGGCCGGCGCCGUGCUGGUGACGGCCGUCUACCGCGACACGACGAGGCUGGGCAACGCCUACGGUGUCUGCGUCAUGUUUGUCACCUUUUUCGACACGUGCAUGGUGACCCUGGUGGCACUCAUCGUCUGGCGCAUCAACCCCUUCAUCGUCUUCCUGCCCUGGCUGUUCUUCGCCACCCUCGACGGCCUGUUCCUGAGCUCCUCGCUCACCAAGGUCCCCGAGGGCGCCUGGCUCACGUUGCUGGUCAGCGGCCUGCUGGCGUCGCUCUUCCUGCUCUGGAGGUUCGGCAAGGAGAACCAGUGGCGCGCCGAGGCCGAAGACCGCUUCAGGCCCGGCACGCUGGUGACGGUCGAGCCCAGCCGCAAGGUCGAUCCGGAUAACAAGACGGCCAUAGACGUCAGCUCCAUCAACUCGCAGGAACACCCGCUCGCCGAGGCAACAGCAGCAGCAGCAGCAGCAGCAGAAGCAUCCAUCGGAUCGGCGACGCUCCGACUGACCGACAAGUGGGGCGGCGACCAGCUCUCGCGCAUCAAGGGCCUGGGCAUCUUCUUCGACAAGACGGGCAUCAUGACCCCGACCGUCUUCACGCAGUUCGUGACCAAGCUCGUCGCCGUCCCCGAGGUCAUGGUCUUCUUCCACCUGCACCCGGUCGAGACGCCGACCGUCCCCGACCACCAGCGCUACGUGGUGUCGCGCUUCCGCGGCAUCCCGGGCUGCUACCGCGUCGUGGUCCGCCACGGCUUCAUGGACGAGGUCAUCAGCCCCGACAUGGCCGGGCUCGUGUACGAGCAGCUGCGGGCGUUUGUGGCCGCGGGCGGCGUGGAGCGCGGCGCCGGCGACAGCGCAGAGUGGGCGGUCGCGACGGGCGCCGCCGUCGAGGCCGUCGCCGCCACGGUCGACCGGCCCCUGAGCGGAGGCGCAGCAGGGGACGGCGGCUCGGUGGACGACGAAAAGGCCAUGAGGAAGCGCCGGAGCCUGCCGCCGCUGGACACCGAGGCCGCCGUCGCCGCCGGGACCGAUGACGUCUCGGCCAGGAUGGCGCGCGCCGCGGACAGGAACGCGCGCAUCGCGGCGGAGCUGGAGAGGGUCGACAGCGCCUACGCGCACAAGGUCAUGUACGUGGUCGGCAAGGGCCAGAUGAGGGUCCGGGACGAGACGGGCUGGUUCAGGGCCAUGGUGCUGAGCACCUUCUUGUGGAUCCGGGAGAACACCCGCGCCAAGAUUGCGAACCUGAGGCUGUCGAUGGAUAGGGUUGUCGAGGUCGGGUUCGUCAAGGACAUCUAAACGGUUGGGAGGGUGUUUUGUCUUUUGGGCGGAUAGAAUGCGUGUCUUUUUUUCUUGUUUGUUGCUUUUUUUUUACUACUAAUUGGAGUUGGGAGGUUACUGGAAGGUUAACAGGGGCGUUGGCUGGCUGGGGUCAUAGGAGUCACGGGGUAAGGGGAGGCAAUUAUGAUCAUGACUGUAUGUAUAUACGGGUAUAAUUUAACGUUGGGCCAGUUACUUUUGACAGUUUGGACUGGAAAAAAAACUAUAAUAAUUCCC